AUUCAAUGAAAUUUGUGCUCUGAAUCUCGAAGAUCUGGCGGCUUCAUUGAGUCUAGCUGGGAGGACGGGGUUGCACUGGUGAAUUGUGAGGUCCUGUCACUUAAAACCUAAAUUAAUGUUUAUCAUUUCUGUCAUACCACUCUGUCAUCUUGGUUGUUGUUUCACAACGUGCUGUCGGUAACAUUAUGAUUAUUUCGUCUUUGUUUAAAGUUGAACUGGACCACUCAUUUUAACUCCUAUCUUUCCGUUAAUUCUUCACUGUCCAGUUAGAAUCUCGUAUACUUUGUCCCAAUCAUUCCGUUAGAGACCAAUUUAACCUUCCAUUUCAUUAAUCUUUAUCUGCUGACGUAUAUCGGCUGCAUAGUUUGUGUUUGUUUUGGUCUAUAUUUCACAAAUUCAUGGGUUAGAGAAACCAGAUGAUUGUCCACAUUUCAACUACUUCGGAUUAUAAUUCCCAUGAGCAAACUUCAGGGUUUAGUCAUCUGCAAGAGAAAUGAACGCAUGCGGACAUUGCCGUAUUGGCCUAAAUGGAGUGAUUGAUAGACAGUCCUGUACUACUGAAUGUUCUGUAGCAUCCGGAACAUCGCCUGAUUAUUGUCAGGAUUCAGGGAACUUUUGUGUAUGCGGUGCACCUGGUUGUAGUACGAGAAAAGUUACUAACCGCCAUAAUAUGGAAUCGAACAUCACUGAGUUGACUUCAACAAUAGAUGGUGCCUCAACUACCAAUUUCCCUGACCAACAUCAGGAUACAUCAAAACCGAAGUUGGGUACGUAUGUUAUUGAAAGAACCAUUGGGAAAGGGAUAUUUUCGUCAGUCAAACUCGCCAAGCACACCAUUACUGGAAUUUUCGUUGCAAUAAAGAUCAUUGACAAAUCCCGUCUAAGUCCUGAAAAUCUCAAAAAAAUAUACAGAGAAUCUGAUAUUUUAAAGGAGCUUCAUCAUUCAAAUAUUGUGAAACUUUAUCAGGUUAUGGAAACUCAGCGACUACUCUGUAUGGUAAUGGAGUAUGUUUCAAAUGGCGAGCUAUUUGACUACAUAGCCACGAAUGGAAGAUUUUCUGAGGUCGAUGCUCGGAUCAAAUUCCUGGAUGUACUUUCGGCUGUCGAUUACACUCACUCUUGUGGUAUUGUACAUCGAGAUCUAAAGGCUGAAAACAUAUUGCUAGAUUCAGAAAUGAAUAUCAAAUUAGCGGAUUUUAGCUUCGGCACACAUUUCAACUCACCUAAUCACCUUUUAACUACGUGGUGUGGUAGUCCUCCGUAUGCUGCACCAGAGAUAUUUUUAGGCGAACCAUACAUUGGAGUGAAAGCAGAUAUCUGGAGUUUAGGUGUUAUUCUUUACGUCAUGGUGUGUGGUGCUCUUCCAUUCGAUGCUCAAUCUCUUCCCCAUUUGAAAAAUCAAGUCCUUUCUGCCAGUUUUCGUGUUCCGUAUUGGCUUUCUAUGGCAUGUGAACAAGUAAUACGUAGUAUGUUGUCGAAAGAACCGAGCGAUCGCCCAACAACAAAACGUAUCAGUCUAUUUCCAUGGUUCACUUCAUCAACAAUUCCACAUAAUCGUUAUCAUGAUAAACUAAUUGCAAAUGUUAUGUCUAAUUCGUUGGCCACAAUGCAUUUAACUAACAAACCUGUCCCUACGCAAACAACAUUACAACAAACGUUGUCACCCUGUGGUGCUAAUACAAAUAUUCUAAAUAAAUCUACGGACUAUGAUUUAGUUCAACCCACGUUUAUUUUGAAACAUUGUUCUUGUGAUUGCUCUUCAAAAUUCUCAUGGAGUAAAGACGAUUUACAAAGUCCUGGUCCUAAUUUAGCGGCUGAAAUGAAAGUUGGUAAACUAAACGAAUUAGUUAUUAUGAUUAUGGAGUCUUAUGGAAUGUGUCGCACUCAAAUUCUCAAGUCACUUCUACGUUGUGCUUACGAUCAUCUGACAGCUACUUACCUCUUAUUGGGCGAGAAAUUACGUUUGCAUAAUCUGAACAUUGAUUCAUCGACCACACCUAUUACAGAUUCUGGAAUAAUUAUACCUAAUUGUGACCAUCCAACAACAUCAUGUUAUUCAAUUAUGGCUCCUGAGCAUAAAAGUUUCAAUACCAGUCCUGAUUCUGUUGUGAUGCCGAAUUCUAUUCCAUCACCCCAACCAUUAUCAUCAUCAGUCUCCCAAACACAACCGAACUAUUCAGCUAUACCUAAAAGUAUACCUUCAGUUUUCCCACUGUCCUCUAUAAAUUCAAUGAAUAUGGAUCUUCCUUUAUCUAGUUGCUCUUCAUCUAUGGAACAAUUAGAUGAAUCUACAAAUAAUCUCAACUACUUUGCCGAUACCUCAAUCGAUAAUAGUGAUCAUAAAGACAGUAUUUCACAAAUAAUCGAUAAAACAGAAAGUGAUGAUUUAACUGUUGAUUCAGCAUAUGGUGUUGCUUUACAGUCUACAUAUGUUAAUAACUCUGCUUCAGAUCGUAUUAUACUUCAGUCUUAUAAGCCUGUAGAGGAUGAACUAAGAAUUGUCAGUGGUGGUACUGGUAAUGUUACUGUUGGUAGCAGACCGCAACAUCGUGUUUUAGCCAGACGAAAAUAUGGAAUCUGCAGUCCACCAGCUUGUUUAGAAGAAAUAAAGCAGGCAUUGAUUUCACAACAACAUCAACAAACACAUGAGAGGAAUAUCACAGAUGAUGAUGAUUAACCAUGAUUAUUGAUAGUGAAAUAGUACCUAACAUGUUUAUGCGUAUUCCUUUUUAAAGAAAUUAAAAGGCAAUAAUAAUAGUGAGAUGGAUUGAUUGUAUUUUAUUUGUUCACAAUAUUUGUAUCAAAAAGUGGGAGUAAUCAAUGAACACAAUAAAAUCGCUACAAAUUCUCGUUUUUUCAUUGACAAUAUGUAAUUAUAUCGCCCACCCCAUCCCUUGUUCUCUAAAAUUGUAUUUUUCCCACAUUAUGGAAUGAAUGCAAAGCAAAUAUGUAGACAGAUAUCAAAAACCCACAACAGAACAUACACCAUCAUCAUUAAACCUUAUUCAUUCAUAGUCUUUCGCGACAUAACAAUAAUCCCUCCAAUUGUUAUCAUUUAACUUCAUUGCUUUUCUCGUUAUUUUUGCAAUAUGUAUGUUUCUCUUUUGGUUUGUGACAUUUUUUCUCUGUAAAAAUCAACUAUAUACUCCAUCGAAGAAUCUUUAUUUAUUUAUCCAUCUAUAUACAUAUAUAUCCCAUUCUACCUAAACUGUCAGUGCAAAGGUGGAACUUGAUUUCAUUCAUACAACAAUAGCGUUGACCAUUCCUUUGUUCAUUGGCUUUUCUUAUCGCAAUGAUUUUCUCCUGCUCUCAUUUCUACGCUUCUCUAUGUUUUGUCUAAACAAAAACUGUCCUCUUUCUAAACACAGCAUUUUACUAUCUAAUCAUCAUUGACUUUAAAAUUGUGAUUACAUAUUAACACUCCCUAAUAAAAUAAUAGAUAUGGUUUCUAUUGAACUUUUAAUGAAAUAGCACUUGUCACGUAAUCCAUGUUUUGCAUGUGUAUGUGCGACUAUUUACAUAAUCAUUAUAUUAUUAGAGAUAUAGAUACUUUGGUAGUAAUUUUCCAUUUGUCUAUCUUUCAUGUAUCACGUAGUAUGUACAUAUGAGCUGUGUAUUGUAUAUUUUAUGGAAAAACCCGGAGUAAAGCUAUGUCAUUAUGUAACUAGUUGUAUUUUGUAUAGUUGCACUGAUUGGAUGAUUGUGCCUAAGUUUUAUGUUUUGAUUUCCUAUUCAUUGCCAUAUUUUCUAUAAUUUCAGCGUUCUAUUUAGCAUAUGUUUAUUCACACCCACGAAGCCUUUGCGCUCCUCACAUCCUAGUCCUAAUAAUAAAUAUGUAUACAUAUUAUUUUCUAUUAUUGACUCAAUACAUACAUAAACAUAGCAAGACGUAGUGUGGUUAUAAAGUAAUAAAUAUAUAUUAUCGAUUUCAUCAAGGUUAACCUUGAUAUGAUACAGAUAGUCAGAUCAACUGUAAACAAGUAAGUUGUUGAAUGAUGUCAGACUGUGUUGUUAAGGGGUCUAUUUGGUAACAACGACCGCUCUGGUGUUGAUAUCAGUGAAAAUAAUGUAUCAUAUCUGUUUAUUAUUGAUAAUAUUUAUUCAUUAAUAAUAUUUACGAAUCUAAACGUUAAAUUUACACAAUAAGUCAUAAAAAAUGUAUUUAGUGAAAUAAUUUUUUCAGCGAUUUCAUUCUCAAGGCUGUACAACCAUAUAUAUAUAUAUAUAUAUAUAUAUGAAUUAAUGAAUGAAAAAUUACGGUCCAAUGAAUAACUGCUAAAAUUCAGUUACUUGUGAUGUGCAAUUAGUCUACAUAAUCAUCAAGUGAACAAAUAGUUAUUACAGUGGGUGGGAAUUUACAGAACAUGCGAAACAUACAAUCAAUAGGUUGAACAAAAUAUUUGCCCAUCGUUAAUUUGAAAUAAUGU